GCCAAGCUCGUUAGUGUUUGGGAAGCGUCUCCUUGAUCGGUUCGGUUCUUUGGAUACACAUUAAAAAUCUUAUCUUUCAACAAUAUAAUGUUAUCUCUAUUUACAAAUUUAUAAACUUGAAACUCUACUGAGAAUCUUAACAAAAGGUGACACGAUUAACGCGAUUUUCGCUUCUAAUGUGAGGACUAGAUCCGAGUGUGGUGAUAUACAUAUUGAAGUUGGAAAAGGUUUACACACUAACAUCGGUCGAUUAGCUGAGAAACCAGUCGCUCGGUUGGUCUAAGUGAAAUGUUGCUAAAAGAGCGAAAAGUGCUGAAGUGUUUAAUCAGGAUGACAAGCAUGGAAAUCUGAGUUAGAAACGACGUAAUAAGACUGCAUAAAAUGCUUUCAAUGCCGCCGCCCGUCGAUUCUUCAUCUUCAUCGGAGUCACCAAGCAAUGAUAGCGGCAAUAACGGCAUAGAAGUGCAGCAUAUCUUCAGACCAAGAAGCAGCAGCUGGGGAACUCACCAUCACAAUAGGAGAAGUCGCACUCCUUCGGUGAUUGCCGUUCAAGAACGAGCAAGAAGGCGGACGAGUUGUAUGCCAAGUGUGAGUGAAGAGUCAACGAGCCAAUUGCACCUUAAAGUAGUUAAAGGCAAGAAUUUGAUGAAAAAGGACAUUUUUGGCGCCAGCGACCCUUAUGUUAAAAUCGAUCUUGUGCCAAUAAAUGAGGAUGCAAUUAUUGACUCUGUAUUAACUCGGACUAGGAAAAAGACGUUGAAUCCGGAAUGGAACGAAGAGUUUAUAUUUAGGGUCAAACCCACUGAACACAAACUAAUUUUACAAGUUUUCGACGAAAACAGACUGACGCGGGAUGAUUUCCUUGGCAUGGUGGAGCUGUCGCUCGUUAAUUUACCAAAGGAACGAGAAGGACUCAUAAUUCCUCCAAUAAAGUAUUUGCUCCGACCCAGAAGCAGUUUUAGCGCCAAGUCUCGCGUCCGCGGCUACCUCGAGAUCUACCACGCCUAUCUCUUCGAUGGGGGUUCUUCAGCGCCUAUUGCUGCCAUUGAAGAGCCGCUCAACACCAACGAAUGGGAGAUUGUGAGCGAAGGACGGGAAGAAAAUGCAUCUCAAGCGAUUCUCGUUUCUUCAAAUUCUACCGAGUCUCAAGCGCCGCUGCCAUCCGGCUGGGAGGAACGGCAGGAUGCAAAUGGCAGAACUUACUAUGUCAAUCAUAUUGCCAGAACCACGCAGUGGGAGCGACCCACGUUAACGAGCAACACGGCUGAGACUGAAGAAGUGACUCGAGGGGAGGACAGAGAAGUAUUCGAACGACGAUAUCACAUAAGCGCGGAAGAGCAAAGCAAUGGACGAGGCGACACAUCAACCAACAAUAACCAGCAGUCCGAUGACGACAACACACAGGUCGAAGAGUCGCUUCCAGCGGAUCCUGUGUCCUUUGCAGGCAACAGUGAGCAAGAUCGGAAUCAUCUGCGUCCUGCCGAUGAAAACGCUGGCUCUCAUGCAAGCGAAGCCAGUUCGGACGUGGCCAAUCGACUGAGUGUGACCGAUUCCGAUUACAACGGAUCGGCUGAAAGUGAGGCUGAAAGCCGGAGGAACUCAUGGAAUCAAACCGCAUCCCAAACUCGCGUUGACACGAGUUUUGACCAAGCUGAUAGCAAUAAUUCAUCGCGACGCGAUUCUCCAGUUUCCGCCAACACUGGCAGCAGUAGACAAUCGCAGACCGACUUGACGACAAUCGGAGAAGAUUUGCCUUCCGGAUGGAGUGUUCAAAGAGCUCCAAACGGCCGCCUGUUUUUCAUUGAUCAUCAUGAAAGAACCACGUCUUGGGUGGAUCCAAGAACGGGGCGUGCGAGUCCAAUGCCCAACCAGCCUGCCGUGCCGCUAGUUAAUCGGAAACCGGACGACGAUCUGGAGCCUUUACCUGAAGGCUGGGAGGAACGCAUACAUACGGACGGGCGCAUAUUCUUCAUCGACCACAAUACCAGAACCACUCAGUGGGACGAUCCGCGGCUUUCCAACCCGCAAAUUGCCGGUCCAGCCAUACCAUAUUCAAGGGAUUACAAGCGGAAAUAUGAAUACAUGAAAACUCAGCUUAGGAAACCGACAAACGUUCCCAAUAAGUUUGAAAUCAAAAUACGCAGAAGAUGCAUACUGGAAGACUCGUUUAGAGUCAUCACCACCGUGCCCAGGGUAGACUUGCUGAAAACCAAGUUAUGGGUGGAAUUCGAAGGCGAAGUGGGUCUGGAUUAUGGUGGCUUGGCAAGGGAGUGGUUCUACUUGUUGUCCAAAGAAAUGUUUAAUCCAUACUAUGGACUGUUCGAGUAUUCGGCAAUGGAUAACUACACAUUACAAAUCAACCCUACAUCGGGAUUGUGCAAUGAGGAGCAUCUAGCGUAUUUCAAGUUUAUUGGCAGAGUAGCUGGAAUGGCCGUCUAUCACGGCAAACUCCUAGAUGCUUUCUUUAUUAGGCCGUUUUACAAGAUGAUGUUAUCGAAAUCGAUAGAUUUAAAAGACAUGGAGUCUGUCGACUCUGAGUACUACAAAUCGUUGCUUUGGAUUAAGGAAAAUGAUCCGUCCGGGCUGGAUCUCACUUUCUCCGUUGACGAGGAGUCGUUUGGCCAUACAACCGUCCAUGAACUGAUUGAAGGAGGCGCCAAUAUACCCCUAGAUAAUCCCAAUAAAGAUGAAUAUAUCAAAUGUAUUAUUCAAUGGCGAUUCGUCGGCAGAGUUCAAGAGCAAAUGAACGCGUUUCUCGAAGGGUUCAGUGACUUAGUGCCUCUAACGGUAAUCAAGAUCUUCGACGAAAAUGAGCUCGAGCUGUUAAUGUGCGGCAUUCAGCACAUCGACGUAAAAGACUGGAAAGCAAAUACUCUGUAUAAGGGCGAGUACCAUCCCAACCACAUAGUUAUUCAGUUUUUCUGGAGGGCGGUUUUAUCAUUUAGCAGCGAGAUGAGAGCCAGACUAUUGCAGUUUGUAACUGGAACAUCCCGAGUUCCAAUGAACGGCUUCAAAGAAUUGUAUGGCAGUAAUGGGCCGCAGCUAUUUACCAUAGAACGAUGGGGGACUAUUGACAAUUUUCCACGAGCCCACACUUGUUUUAAUAGAUUGGAUUUGCCACCAUACGAUAACUACGUUCAUCUGAAGGAGAUGCUGGUGAAGGCUAUUGAAGGCUCGCAGGGCUUUGCUGGCGUAGACUAAAUCAUACAAUUUAUACAAAAAUAUUUAAUGAGAUUAUUCUUUUUACAAUUCUGUCCAUUUUAGUUUAGAUGUAUUCGAGACAAUGCUGAUAACUCUACAUCAGCGGCACCGUUAUUCAAAUGUCCCCAUGUUAUCCUCCCAAAAUAUUGAUUGAUUUUUGAAAAAUUUAAAAGCAAUUUUCUAGGUAAUUGUGCUGUCUGAAUGUAAGAUGACAAUGAAGUCGCUAUCUAAUGGAAGUAACGUAAAUGGUUGUUUGAAAUUUGAAACUAGAUUGUUAUAAUGCAAAUUUGUACGUUUAGAUUCUAUUCCGUAUACUAAGAGACAUGAUUAAAUGUUCAUUGGUAUAUACACUUGUAGAUUGUGAUACUCUAUUUAUAGUUUUUUUUAAUAUGAAAUUGUGGUAUAUAGACUUGUUACAAACUGUAUAAAACUUAUUAUUUAGAUGUAUACAUGCUAGUGUUUAUCCUAUCUUUUAGUGUCAAAUUGCAAUUUACUACUUCUUAAAACGGUUAAUUUUAAUUCUGGUAUAUUCGUAGUUAGAUGACAGCAAGCUUUCAAUUACUGCUGUUUGAUUAGUGUAUGAAAAUGCUGUUUAAUUGCAUCCAACUUCACAUGAGCUACUUGAAAAAAUGAAUGAUGAUUUACUACAAGCAGCUCUUUCGAUAAAGACCAAAAAGUUAAUUUAAUUUUUUAUGUAAAUAGAAGGUUUGGUGUCGCUUACACUGCUACCGAUUUUUUAUCGGACACGAUGAAUUAGCUAUAUUUUUAACAUAUUACUUAACUUCUAUUUAACGUUAUACCCAUACUAUGAAUCGAUAUCUUGUUCAGAACCUAAAUGGUGUCCAAAUAAAUGAUUUUAUUACA